UCCGCCGCCGUUCACAUCAUCCGCACCUAACCUAGUUUGUUUACAUUCGACGAGUUCAUCUGGUCCGUGUGUUGUCAUAUUUUGUGUAAAAAGUAUGAGAUCGGUCUUCACGUAAUAAGGAUUAAGUAGGAAUUAAAACUGUGAGUUGCCAAGGAGCGACACUAGUCAUAAAAAUGAUUUCGGCUCAGCUUAGACGUGCUCCGGCAAUCGGAAGGUUUCUCCGCGCCAGCCAAGUUAACCAAUGUCGACUUGCAUCACAAAAGUCCGGGAACGGUGGCGAAAGUGGAGGAAUUGACCCUUCGCAUCCUUUCCGAAGAACUCUGGGUAUCCUAGGGAAGGAUAUGCAAAAGAUGCGGAAUUGGUUUGCGUCGAAGAAACUGGCUGCCGACGUUCAAAGGGAAUUGGAGGAGGCGGAUUUCAAACCGCGGGACAUUACCGGGCCGGAUGAAUUCCAGACCCAUUGUGAUGUGCUGAUUAUUGGCGGUGGCGGGAUCGGAUCAUCGACUGCAUUUUGGCUGAAAAAGGCUGCACGCGACGGACUUAACGUUGUGGUCGUUGAGAAAGAUUCGACCUACAAGGAAGCAUCUACGACCCUUUCUGUUGGAGGAGUAAGACAACAGUUUUCACUCCCAGAGAACAUACAAAUGUCCCUGUUCGGUGCAGACUUCAUUCGGAACAUCAAAGAGUACCUGGGUGACGAAGUUGAACCAAACUUCUGUCCAUAUGGAUAUUUAGUUUUAGCAUCCGAAGCAGGUGCAGAGCAACUGAUGAAGAAUUCCGCCCUUCAGAACGAGCUGGGGGCUCGCAAUGAGCUCCUCACAGCACAACGCUUGAAAGAGAAGUUCCCUUGGUUGAAUACCGAUGGCCUCGCUUUGGGUUGCCAUGGACUGGAGAAGGAAGGUUGGUUUGAUCCUUGGGCUCUUCUCUCGGGUUACCGCCGCCGUGCUCGUGAGUAUGGUGCCCAUUACGUGGAGGGAAAAGUUGUUGGCUUCGAUUUCGAAAAGAACCUGGACAUAUUCGUGGAAGGUGUCGCACAAGGAGAGUACGAAUCGACAAAUCGGGCCAUAAUACAAAUGCCAGACGGGGAAAAGCGAACAAUCAAUUUUGCUGUAUGUGUUUUAGCAUGCGGGGCGUGUUCUGGCGAAAUUGCGAAACUUGCACGGAUAGGAACUGGCCCAGGGCUCCUAAGUGUUCCUUUGCCGAUUGAGCCACGCAAACGAUAUGUUUACGUCUUCAACACACAAGGACAAAACGCUCCCGGCUUGAAUACUCCUUUGACGAUUGACCCGACAAACACAUAUUUCCGGCGAGACGGAUUAGGUGGCAACUAUAUUGGCGGAUGCAGUCCGGAUGCUGAAAACGAGCCAUGCUGUGAAAAUUUAGAUGUAGAUCAUAAUUGGUUUGAUAACGUCGUCUGGCCAGCUUUAGCUAAUCGUGUUCCUGCUUUCGAGUCAGCGAAGGUAUGUGGAUCUUGGGCGGGGUAUUACGAAUAUAACACAUUUGAUGCAAACGGUAUUAUUGGACCACAUCCGUACUAUCACAACUUCUACAUAGCCGCUGGGUUCAGUGGACACGGGAUCCAACAGACGCCAGCCAUAGGACGUGCUAUAUCAGAAUUAAUCAUAGAUGGCCAGUUCCGAACUAUUGACUUAAGUCGACUUUGUUUCGAUCGCAUCAUUGUCGAUGAGCCUAUGCUUGAGAAAAAUAUUGUGUGAAUGCUCUAGAAAAUUGUAAAUAAAUUUUGAGAUGUAAGUAAAUUUU